GCCGGCGCCCGCCCCGUCGGGCCAGCCGGGCUGCAGCGGCGGCGGCGGCGCGGACGGCGGGGAGCGGCCGCCGGGGCAGGUGCAGGUCCGGUUCCUGGCGCGCGUGCGAGAGACUCCGAGCGCCGGCGCCCGGCGCCUUAUCGGGGAGCUUCCUGUUGCUUUAAAUACCAGCCGGUGCCACGUGGGCCACGGCGAGAGAGAUCCCCUUUCCCGAGGAGUCGGCGGGGACGGAGGACGCACGCUGUCGUCUGCGAGCCGCUUUAUUUUUACCCUCGGACUCUCCUGGAUUCGGCACGCACCUGGAACGGGUUGAAGAGCUGCAACUGCAAGGACUUUUCUUUCUUUCUUGGAAAGAGACACGACCCCGGUCUCUUUUUCCACCUCCCCGCAAGCUCCUUUAGGAUCCGGCUCGAUCGUGCGAAGGCUUGAAAGACCAGUUGUCCCUCCGCACCUGCCCGUCUUCCCUGGACUGAAGCAAAGCACGAAUCCGCCUGCUGGAGCAAGGGCGGCGUGGAAGAAGGUGCCAGCGUCGGAAGAGAAGACGCCAAGAGCCUCGCCUGCCACGUCUUGGUAUCUCCAGGGCCCCUUUGCCCGGGAGGAGGAAGGGGACUAGAGUGAACUUUGUUUUCUCUGCUGGCUUAGUGGUUGGCGUCUCCCCUUCCCGGAGCGUGCUUGAUGGGGAGCUCUGCUGGGGGAUCAGUCUCUGCAGUUGAGGGCAGGGCGGCUGGCGCAAGGGAGGUGGCAUCUCCAUGCCUUUCGUGUGAGCUCCUGGAAGAAAGUCCCUUCCGGAGCGCCCGCCUGCUGUAGUCCUGCCGAGCCGAGAGCCAGCUUGGCGUCCCCCCUUCAGCAUGUCCUCCAAGAUGGAGCAGAAGGAGGCUCACCAGGCCAACGGGGUGGUGCUGCCCAUCGUGGCCGGGACCAUCGACUGCCUCACCAGUCCUGACCGGGAGCAGCUCGUGGAGUCCACGGAGUUCUUGGGCCCCGACGGGGAAGGGGUGGAAGUGGUCGUGCUGGAGUCGCGGGCCAAUGCCAAGGGGGUGCGAGAAGAGGAUGCCCUGCUGGAAAACGGCAGCCAGAGCAACGAGAGCGAUGACACCAGCACCGACCGGGGCCCCGAGCCUGCCUCUCCGUUCAAAGAGACCUCCUUCUCCAUCGGGCUGCAGGUCCUCUUCCCUUUCCUGCUGGCUGGGUUUGGGACAGUCGCUGCCGGGAUGGUGCUGGACAUAGUGCAGCACUGGGACGUCUUCAAGUAUGUGACCGAAGUAUUCAUCCUGGUUCCUGCCCUGCUGGGGCUGAAGGGGAACCUAGAGAUGACGCUGGCAUCUCGGCUCUCGACAGCGGCUAAUAUUGGUCAAAUGGACUCACCCAAGGAGCUCUGGAGGAUGAUAACAGGGAACAUGGCUCUGAUUCAGGUUCAAGCUACAGUGGUUGGCUUCCUGGCCUCGAUUGCUGCAGUGAUAUUUGGCUGGAUCCCAGACGGGCACUUCAGCAUUGGCCAUGCCAUCUUGCUGUGUGCCAGUAGCGUGGCCACAGCCUUCAUCGCUUCCCUUGUGCUGGGCAUGAUUAUGAUUGGGGUCAUCAUCGGGUCCAGGAAGAUGGGGAUCAACCCGGACAACGUGGCCACACCCAUUGCUGCCAGCCUGGGAGACCUCAUCACCUUGGCACUGCUUUCAGGGAUCAGCUGGGGCCUUUACAAAGAACUAGACAGCAAAGCAUACGUGAAUCCCUUGGUGUGUGCCUUCUUUGUCGCACUGCUGCCUCUCUGGAUCAUCAUUGCCAAGAAGAAUCCAGCAACCCGGGAGGUGCUGUACUCUGGGUGGGAGCCGGUCAUCAUUGCGAUGGCUAUUAGCAGUGUUGGAGGACUCAUAUUGGACAAAACCGUGUCCGAUCCAAAUUUUGCUGGGAUGGCCGUCUUCACACCGGUGAUUAAUGGUGUUGGUGGCAACCUGGUGGCUGUCCAAGCUAGUCGCAUCUCCACGUACCUCCACAUGAGUGGCGUGCCCGGCGAGAGCUCCGAGGUGGCCCCACGCAAGUGCCCCAGUCCCUGCAGCACUUUCUUCAGCUCAGAUUUGAAUUCCCGGUCUGCCCGCGUGCUGUUUCUCCUGGUGGUCCCUGGGCAUUUGGUUUUCCUCUACACCAUCAGCUCCAUGCAGGGUGGACACACUACACUGACCCUUAUCUUCAUAGUCUUCUACAUGACAGCUGCACUUCUCCAGGUCCUCAUUCUUCUCUACAUUGCUGACUGGAUGGUGCACUGGAUGUGGGGCAGGGGCCUGGAUCCUGACAACUUCUCCAUCCCUUACUUGACAGCCCUGGGUGACCUGCUUGGCACAGGUCUCUUGGCUCUCAGCUUCCACAUUCUCUGGCUCAUCGGAGAUCGGGAUACAGAUGUGGGGGACUAGCUCUCUCUGCCGUUCGCUUUUCUCCCGGCUCUCUUCUCCUUUAAUUGACUUUUCCCCUCCCUUGCUCCUUCCCUUCCCCCACCCUACCCACAGUCUCUCUUGAGACUUCAACUUUGAUACUAGAUUCUCAUUAUUUUCAAUGGGAAUUUUAUGUGGUUUAUAUUUCAAGCCAAGUUUGUACAGAAAAUCUAGUUUUAGGAAGGACAAAAAAGUGUAAAGAGACAAUCACCAAGUGCAAUUUCAUAGCAGUAGUUGUCUGAACCAAGGUUAUGAUGGAAACAUUGAUCAACCAGUCAGAUUGUAAAGGAAGCUCAUCCCUCUUCAGUCACUAGAGGUGAGCGGUCACCUCUUUCACUUCACAAGCUUUUGAUGUUUGGAGGCAGACUCUGUGAAUUAAGGCCUGCAGUAUCCUCAGAUCCUCCCCUGCCAUCCCUUAACAUUUCCACCUUGUGCCUGGUUCUAAAAUGAAGGGGUUUGGGGUGAGAGACUAGUUAAGACAUGCAACGAAGAUCCCUUUUAAAUAUCCUGUAGGCUUGCUUGCAAGCAAGAAUAGGCCACACAGCCCUGAAACCCAAUCAUGACUGUUAGAUAAUAAAUGGGGAGAGCCCUUGCAACCUAGUACAAUCUAUAUAAGUCUGGAGAAGGGAGGCUGUGGACAGGAUGAGGCUAGCCUGAGCAUACUGUGUCCUGCCCCAGCCACCCUGCAAGUGUUCUUCCUCAGCGCACCACCAAAGCUUGGCUACAGAAGGGACAAACUCCCUCUUCCCCCUCAGCAUGCUCAGUCUCUUGUGGGCUGACUUGCCCGGGGACCUGUGCUGAUUAAGGAGUUUGGAAUUGGGCACUUGAUUGGUUUCUUACAGAGACACUUUACUGUCGGUUCUGGCUUCUCACACAACACCUCUCCUGUGGCAAUCACGGGACACUUCCUUUUACACUCGUGCAAAUCAGGAGCAAUUCUGUGCUGUUUCCCCUUCCAUAACUAAGUGGAGAGGGAUUCAUGGUAGCAUGGCUACACAUGCCAUUUCCAAACAGCCUUAUGUGAGCUGUUCAUUUGGGCUGGGAAAGGUCCCUUUGCCUUCCAACGUUUUGCCUUUCUAUUUAAUUCGUGGACCCAAUGAAUUCAAUCUACAUCUGAGAGGAAUAUCCCCAGGUUACGUGAGAUUUUUAACAGUGGUCCAUUCCUAAAUACGUGGUUUAACAAGACUAUAAGAUGUGAACUUAAGUUGAAUACCUGAUCUAGAGAGCAGGGGGAGCUGCCUGUACUUCCCAAAGAUGAGGGGGAGACAGUGAGGUGGUGCAUAAAACCCCAGGGAACUGCUAACAUCCUGCAGAAAUCUGGCGCACACAUGUCCCAAGUCCUCACUGUUCGUUGUAUCAUUCAUUUAAGUCCUCUUCAUGCUCCCGUGGAAAUAGAUAGCAAAGCUCCUAUUGAUUUCAGUGGUGUAGGACCAGAGCCCCAAAGCUGCUGUUCUCAGGUUGCUGAGCGCUGUCAUCUGCUCCGAGUUUGAAUGCUGCUCGCCCUGUUCAGGUGGGCUCUAGAGCCUCUAACUCUGGAGUUGUUAGACGUUUAAUUCUCCGUUGUUGUUCCCAUCAUUGUUUCCCCUUUCCGAAGCUCAAAUGCCUUUCUCAUGGCAAAACACCCUUUUUCUGCUCCUUUCUCUUGGCUUUAGUUUCCUUAUUCUGGGUCAGCACCUCCAUUUUUCAGAUGAGCAUCUUAAAAGGAUGCCUCUAUUCUCCGUUUUAGUUUCCAUCCCAGACAUAACUGGGCAUUGCGUUGUAGUGGGAAGUGAUACGUAGUCCGGUGUGUAUAAUUUUGAAUGAGGCUUGGUCAGGAGGCUCAGUUGUUUCUGUGAACCACCACGGAGCUAGCCCAGACUCCGCGGAGGUCGCGUAGAUGUGGCCAUCUCGAUUCCCUUGAAAGACUGAGUUGCUGAGACUUGCCCAAGACUUGGUCAAAGGAUCCAUCCCACGUGUGGGGACAGGCGAGUUGAAAAUGUUGAAACUGUAUAGGGAAGUUCAGCCACAGAUGGACAGGGAGCCAGUGCCAAAGAGGCAGAAACCGUAGACGUCUAAAGCAAACCACAUUGCGUGUUUUGGGAAGAGAGUUGCUGAGGGACCACUUUCUAAACGUAUCUGGAGAAGAAUCGUUUCCUGUUUCACUCUGUAUCCGUGCAUCUGUUUAGGAGGCUACGCUUUUACGGCUUUGUUUACAGUAUUUGGGAGGCCGAGCUGGCUGCAGUAAAGGUGGCCUGAGAGCGCAGGAUUGCAGUUCUGUCCAGACGCGCUCUCUCAGAUGCUGCAGGAGUCGGUAACACACGUGUUUCAUGUCUACAUUAGCCUUAGACACUGCUCUUUUUCUGGUAUCACUUGUGAUAGUGGCUCUGAACUGGUCUAUGUCUUCACCCCGGUGAUUGCUCACAAGUAUAAUUUGGCCAGGGCUUAUGGGAAGAGCAAAUGUGGCUGCACUGGAGUUUCAUCUUGGAAAAUGCGGAGGCCCACUCUUCCCCCAUCACCUGCGCUCGGUUUUAACAUAGCUGGAAAACUGCUCACCUGGUUCCCUGCCGCUGUUGAGGGAUGCGCUUGAGAUUCCUCCUGCCUGUCGUUUCAGCUGUUAGUCUCCAGAUAAAUCCCCAUCUAGUAUUGUUCCACGUCUCAUCACUGUCCAGUUUCCUAGGUAGACAUUUGUGCCAGCGGAAGAAUCCCUGUCUCCUGGUCCCAGCUGUAAAACCUAGGGCAACAGAGGUGAUUGUUUUAAGAAGCAUCAUGCUACUUGGGUCACGUACCUACGUUUUUAUAAGGUCUAGGGUGGAGGGGGAGUGGGGGAGGGGAAGAAUUUAACUUAAAUUUUAAAUUUAAAAACCAGUGAAGGAUAAUUAUUUUUCAUGAAUUGCACUCAAAUGCAUGUGUACUUUAGAUCUGACUGCAAAUGAAGAAAUACUGGUUUAUUCUUUGUAUUAAAGGAAAAAAAAAGACUGUCUUAAUUAUUUAUAGUUGCUAUAACUGAAUUGACAAAUGUCAACUUAACUGAUAAAUUAUAUUUGGUAAAAUAAAGAUGACAUUUAUUUAUGUGGA